UCUCGGCUCCAAUGCCAAAUGUAGUCUCGGCUCCAAUGCCAAAUAUAUCCUCGGCUCCAAUGCCAAAUUUAUCUGGUCAAUAUAAUUAUGAUGAUUAUUAUAAUAAUCAAAUGUCUCAGCGACCUACUAUGGCUUAUGGUCAAACGUAUUUUCCUGGAGAGGAUAAUGAAAUAUCACAAAAUAACAUGUACAGUCCACAAGACCAGAUGAAUUACCGAAGAUAUGAUAAUUAUGGUGAUGUAUAA